CCGAGCCUCAUGUGGUCGAAAAUCUUAAGUCGGGCAACCCGCCUUUGCAGCCCUUUCGGGGGUUAUGGGCUAGGAAAAUAGGACACCCAGAUGGUGAUUACUCGAACACCAUCUAUUCUGAGAGUCGGAGAGAGUGAAUUGAAUUGACAGACUCCCUCCCUGAGCACGCGCCACGCAUUCCAACUUGAUCACAGAAAGGCGAGGGAUCAACCACUGGAACAGCAGCAGCCAUUUUUUUUUUUUUUCUGUUUGUAUUUGGCCGAGCUGACUCAAUCAAGUCUGUCAAGUUCGUAUGAAAUUCCUACAGCAAUCGACCAGGAAAUAGGUAAUCUUCUAACAAGAGUCGUUAUCGUAGGUAUACUGGGCUGAGCUUGUUUUCUGAAAACACCAAUUUAUGCCAAAUCACACUGGAACACAGGGUUUGCUCCUUUUUAUUGCCUUGGCAUAGAUGUUUCUCGAUAUUCCGUCCCUAGUAAGAGGAUCUUGACUUACUUCAAUAGAGUUCUGGAUCAAGUCGAGUUUUUGGAUUUUGGAAGUGUUUGGAGGUGGGGGUGGAAAGGGUGAAGGCGGGAUUUUCGAAGGUGUUGUGAGCAGAAGAAGAUUGGUGUUUGAUUAUGGAAGACAUAGAAGAUUUGUUAGUUGGAAGUGGAGGAGCUCCACCUGGCUUUCGCUUACCAUUGACGGCCGUGGGAAUGAAGCCCAGGAGGAACAAGCCCAAUAACCAUGCCAGCAAAGAGCAGAACACUAAAUUUCAAGGCCUCUCACCCACUUCCUCACCUGAAGUACCAGGCACCCAGACUAUUUACAUGAAAACUUUUGGGUGCUCACAUAACCAGAGUGAUAGCGAGUACAUGGCUGGUCAGCUUGCAGCGUUUGGAUAUGUGUUGAGUGACAAUCCUGAGGAGUCUGACCUCUGGCUGAUAAAUACAUGUACUGUAAAGUCUCCUAGUCAGUCUGCCAUGGAUACUUUAAUUAUAAGAUGUAAGAAUGCGAAAAAGCCAUUGGUGGUGGCUGGAUGUGUACCUCAAGGCAGUCGAGAUCUAAAGGAAUUACAAGGAGUUAGUAUAGUUGGAGUUCAGCAAAUUGAUCGUGUGGUUGAAGUUGUAGAAGAGACUCUAAAAGGUCAUGAAGUGCGACUUUUGAACCGCAAGACAUUGCCUGCACUUGACCUUCCUAAGGUGAGAAAGAACGAAUUUAUUGAGAUUCUUCCCAUUAAUGUUGGUUGUUUAGGUGCUUGCACUUAUUGCAAGACAAAGCAUGCUCGUGGGCAUUUAGGUAGUUAUACUGUGGACAGCCUUGUAGAGCGUGUGCGGACUGUUAUAGCUGAUGGAGUGAAGGAAAUAUGGCUAAGCAGUGAAGAUACUGGAGCAUAUGGUCGUGAUAUUGGGGUUAAUCUUCCAAUUUUGCUUAAUGCUAUUGUUGCGGAACUUCCCCCUGACAGGAGUACAAUGCUUCGCAUUGGAAUGACUAAUCCUCCUUUUAUUCUUGAGUACUUAGAAGAGAUAGCCAACGUUCUGUCUCAUCCGUGUGUAUAUUCCUUUCUUCAUGUACCUGUUCAAUCUGGAAGUGACUCAAUUCUGACUGCAAUGAAUCGGGAAUAUACUGUGAGUGAAUUCAGAAUUGUUGUAGAUACUUUGAUGCGACUUGUACCUGGGAUGCAGAUUGCUACUGAUAUUAUUUGUGGAUUUCCUGGUGAAACUGAUGAAGAUUUUUCUCAAACAGUCGGCCUUAUUAACGAGUACAAGUUUCCUCAAGUUCAUAUUUCACAGUUCUAUCCCAGACCUGGAACGCCUGCUGCAAGGAUGAAGAAAGUUCCAAGUAAUAUAGUUAAGAAAAGGAGUCGUGAAUUGACUUCAAUCUUUGAAUCCUUCACACCAUAUCAGGGAAUGGAAGGUCAAGUAGAGAAAAUAUGGAUCACUGAAAUUGCAACUGAUGGAAUUCACUUGGUGGGUCAUACCAAGGGAUAUGUGCAGGUUCUUGUAAAUGCUCCUGAAAGCAUGCUUGGAACAUCAACCAACGUAAAGAUAACAUCCAUUGGGAGGUGGUCAGUGUUUGGUGAAGUGAUUGACACUCUUGACCAAAUACCAGACACUACAUUCAGCGGAAUAAAAUCCACUGUGGAUAAAUUUCAUCUUUGCUCUGAUCUGUACGAGACUUGUGCAUGCUCAGGACAGCCAGAGCCAUGUGCUUGUGCAGAGCAAAACUGCAAGGAGCAAAAUGUUGUGAGAAAAAGCACCAACACAAGGGCUGACAAGUCACUGGAAGAACAAAAGAGUAGGAACCCAAUUGGGUGGUUAUGUAGGAGGCGAAAGGUUCAGAGGCCAGAAUGCAUGGUAAAUGGACAUGCUGUGAAACCUAUCGAGAAACAAGUGAUGAGGAAAAGAUUGGGUGAGCUGGGUGUUAUUGAUUGGGCUCUACUAUUUGGGAUACUUGUGAGCUUUUUUACAAUUUUAGCCUUGCUUUUAGAUCUGACUUUUAGGAUGCAGUCGUCCAAAUGAAAGAGAAUAGUGUAUCGUUCACAUCCAUAAGUUCUUUUAGUGAUUAAGCUGCAAAUUUUGACCCGUGUAUUGUAAUGCCAUAUAUUAUUUUUUUAAGGAAAUGCAUAAAUUUUGCUUUCA